UGUGCGGGGCGGUGCUUCCGCCGGCGCCGCAGCCGGGACUCCGCAGUGGGUCCGCUGGCGAUGGAGCGGUGGGCGCGCUCGCAGCUUAGGCUGUGGCUGCUGUUGCUACUCCUGCCCCCUGUACCCGGCCGCCAAAAGGAGUCAGGUUCAAAAUGGAAAGUGUUUAUUGACCAAAUUAACAGAUCUUUGGAGAAUUAUGAGCCAUGUUCAAGUCAGAACUGCAGCUGUUACCAUGGUGUCAUAGAAGAGGAUCUGACACCUUUCCGAGGUGGUAUCUCCAGGAAGAUGAUGGCAGAGGUUGUCAGAAGGAAGCUAGGGACCCAUUAUCAGAUCAUUAAGAACAGAUUAUAUCGAGAAAAUGAUUGCAUGUUCCCCUCAAGGUGUAGUGGUGUAGAACACUUUAUUUUGGAAGUCAUUGGGCGCCUCCCUGACAUGGAGAUGGUGAUCAAUGUUCGAGAUUAUCCUCAGGUUCCUAAAUGGAUGGAACCUGCCAUUCCAGUCUUCUCCUUCAGCAAGACAUCAGAGUACCAUGAUAUCAUGUACCCUGCUUGGACCUUUUGGGAAGGGGGACCUGCUGUUUGGCCAAUUUAUCCUACUGGUCUUGGACGGUGGGACCUCUUCAGAGAAGAUCUGGUAAGGGCAGCAGCACAGUGGCCAUGGAAGAAGAAAAAUUCUACAGCUUAUUUCCGAGGAUCAAGGACAAGUCCAGAACGAGAUCCUCUCAUUCUUCUAUCUCGGAAAAGUCCUAAACUUGUUGAUGCAGAAUACACCAAAAACCAGGCCUGGAAAUCUAUGAAAGAUACCUUGGGAAAGCCAGCUGCUAAGGAUGUCCAUCUUGUGGACCACUGCAAAUACAAGUAUCUCUUUAAUUUUCGAGGCGUAGCUGCAAGUUUCCGGUUCAAACACCUCUUCCUGUGUGGUUCGCUUGUUUUCCACGUUGGUGAUGAGUGGCUGGAAUUCUUCUAUCCGCAGCUGAAGCCGUGGGUUCACUAUAUCCCAGUCAAAACAGACCUCUCCAAUGUCCAGGAGCUGCUGCAGUUUGUAAAAGCAAAUGAUGAUGUAGCUCAAAAAAUUGCUGAAAGGGGAAGCCAGUUUAUUAUGAACCACUUGCAGAUGGAUGACAUCACCUGUUACUGGGAGAAUCUGUUGACGGAAUACUCUAAAUUCUUGUCCUAUAACGUAACAAGAAGGAAAGGCUAUGAUCAGAUUAUUCCCAAAAUCUUGAAAACUGAACUCUAAUAGUCAUCACUGGACCACAGUCCUUUCUAUGGCAGCAGAUUGGGUAUCCUGUGAUGAGAAGCUUACCAUGAGUGUUGCACCUAUACCCUGAAUACUCUUAUCAAGCCACUUACUUGGUUUUCCUUAUCAUGCUGUAUCCAGAAUGACUGUCAAGAAAAAUUCAAAAUGUGUAUAAUGCAGAUAAGAAGCAGAUCAAUACUUGGGCUGAAUAAGGACUAGAAAUGACAAGAAGUAAGCUUUAAAUCCAGUUCAACUGCUCAUUUUCUUAGACCAAUCACAGCUUGUGCCUCAGAUUAUCCACAUAUGUAAGUCCAUCACUGUGAAACUGACUGAUUUAGUGGGAUGAUGACCUUUACCCAUUAUUUGGAGCAGAAAAAUCAUUUGGACCAACUACAACUUAUCACAAUUCUGCAGUUCUUCUAGGCUUGAUCUCCAUCAUUAUAUUUUAAUUAGGGUUUAUGAAAAAUACUUGGGGAUCAUUUCCUGAAAGAGUUAAGGAAGCAACAGUCAUGCCAUGCAAUGAUGUAGGAGUUUUCUUGUGUAAAAGCAUUAACUUUGGUACUCAGGAGGUUUCUAUAAUCUAUAUAGCAAGGGGCCAGUUGCAUGAGUAAUUACUGCAAUUGGAUCUCAAGUUCCCUUUUGGUGCCUUCACACCCUUCUUUGUAUAGUUUCUUAAAAAAAAAGAAAAGAAAAGAAAAGACAAAAACCUUUUCAGAAACUUAGGACGUAGUUCCAUUUCUUUAAAGGAACUACUGUUUGUAAAACAGCAACUCUCUUAUUUUUUGCAUACCCUUAGUAUUUUUCCUUCUUAAAUUGAUGUCCAUGUCCUACAGGGACCUUCAUAAUGCCAAAUAUCAUUAAGUUGGGAGUUUAGAGUAUUCAACUUAGCACUUCUAUAGUAGAAAUUUAUGUCAGUGCAAAUCCAUGUUAGAGUACCUCCUUUUCUAUUAUUAGAAAAGACUUUUGGAUAGUAGUUUAAUUUCUCAGGGUACUCUCCCUACAUCGUUCCUAAUAAAGAUGAAGAAAACAUUUUUUUAUUAAAGUCAACAUAGUCCAAUAACUCAGUGUCAUCCCUGUCCUUUAGGCCUGACUUCUCCACAGAUAAAUCAACUCUUUUCCUUUGCCUCUUAAGAACUCUUUGGUAUUAAGUGGUUUCAAAAUUAGUAAAUGAGACUGACAGUUAUUAAAAAUGAGGAUUUUAUUCUUUUUGUAAAAAAUGUAUCUGGCCUUUUUAAUACCCUUCCACAAAAUUUUUAAAUCUAAGGAACUUGAUAAUGAGUGGAAAAUCCCUGGAAAGAUCAUUGCAUGGAAUAAGGCAGAUGUUUAAAGUUAGAUUUUUUUGUUGUGAGCUAAAAAAUUAUGGGGACAAUGUCCUUAGGUGCUAUAAGUCUGACAUUAAGCAGUCUAGGUUUCUGAGUUGUACUGUGGUUUGCAUUGUAGCCAUGAGGCCCUAAUAUUUAGGAUCAUUCUUUUCAUAUUUUAAUUUUCCUCAGCAAAGUAGAACAAAAUUUUCCACCCUUUGGAUUAGGAGCUGAAGCUAUAUUUUCUGGGAGUGUUUCAAAUUCUAGCAUAUGCAUUACCUUUCUGAAUUCUUUUUUUUAUUCCUCUAGACAGGGACUAUCAUAAUACUUUUACUCAUAUCUGUGUCAUAUGAUAUCAUGUUGCAUUCAUUGUAUUUGCUUGACUUUCUGUCCUGUUGGCUUUUGAUGGGAGGGAAUCAUGUUUUACUUGUCUUAUGUGUCCAUUAUCCAGUGUAGUGCCUCACAGAGUAGAUAUUAAAAAAUUGUUGGAAGGAAGGAAAUGGUUGCCUUACUUAGAUCCUAGUUAUAGAUUGCCCAGCCAUUAGUCCCAAGAAGGACUGGAAAAGCCUAAUAGACUUGAAUCAGUAUAAAUUCUCACCUGCUUUUUGAAGAGUCAGUAAGGCAUCUUUGUAUUUAAAUAUAGCAAAUGUUACUCA